AUGUUGAAACAUAUAAGAGAGUUGAUCGAAGGGAUAACACGAACAUUGCAGACAGUUGGUAUUAUGGAUAGAAAUGAAGGGAGAAAAAGAGCCGGGACUACUUCAGAUGUCGUUGACGUUGCCCCACAAAGUCGUAGAAGGCAUGGCAAUGUAACACCAGAGGAAGAUCUCUAUCUGUAUGAGCAUAUGCAGACAAAAAAAUCACGACGGGAACAGAAACAGUUAGAAAAGGAAUCAGACAUUCAACCUUUACUCUCUCAGACCUCAGAUGAACUUAUUAACGAAGAAGGUGAUAAUGAUAGUCAUGAAAAACAAGACAAUAAUUCCAAUAAACUUAAGAGCAUGUAUGACUAUAAUGACUUAACGGACAAUCUGAGUGCUUCUCCAGACAUUCCUAUAUCUCAUCAAAAUAAGAAUUCUCAAAGACCAAAAGUUCUGAAGUUAAAGGAUUCAUCUUCUUUCAUAGAGAAUAACACCAAAGGACGCAGAAAAACAAACAAUUCAGCAUAUACCAAAAGUAUAUACACACAAUCAUAUAAUUCGGAUAAUGAGACUGAACUGAGUUUGGGAGUAGGAAAUACAGACUUUGGGGAUUCAUCACGACCUGAAACUCCAUCUUGCAGUGAUGUAGAUGGAUCUAGUUCUGGAUUACGGAAUAUGACAGAAUUUGGAUCGAAUAUUGUUCAACAUGUUUACAUUCCACAGAGUCAGGGCCAGUUUCAUGAAGGUCGGGUGGUGAUAGAACGUAUGUUGGAGCAGAUUGAUGCAGAGAAAUGGCGUCGACCUCUUAGGAACCUCCUAAGUGUGUACUACAUGGAACAACCCAUCAGACAGGCCAUUGGCUUUCUUACACAUAUGUUUGACCAAGCUGUCAGAAUAGCCCAUGCUGAAAGAUCAAUAGACCAACUUGUUGAUCUUGAUGUGUCGAGGGUGCCACCUAUCUUCAACCUAGAUCACUGGCAUAGUUUGGUCCUAGCCCUAGGGUUUAACAUUGAGGAGCCAGAUACUUGUAAAAAUAUACGCGAUGCUACAGUGUUUGUACCAGUUAGUAUGAAGCCAUGUGUACCUGAAGGCUUUCUACUUCUUUUGCAGUCAUUAGCAGAUCUAGGAUUCUAUGACAUUAGGACGUUAUUGUCCUUAGACAAACAGCAUGCCCAACUUCUACUGCAUACAAUAAGCGAAGUCAGUUCUUCAUCCUCGGAUAUCUCACCAUGGAUAGGUCCCCUAUGGGAGAUGCAUCAGGGCUUUCUAGAGAAGCUUGGUUUCACUCGUGUACAACAGGGUAGCAGGAAACAUUUCACCUUUAAUAAUAAUGCACCUACUGCAAAGUUGGUCAGGGUCUAUAAUGUACUCUGUGGAAUGUACGGACAUUCAUUAGACAUUUUCAAUGGAGUAAAGGUUGUUCAAGAAGUCAUUAAACAUUUUAAAUGGAUCACAGGUUGUUCAAGAAGUCAUUAG